AUGUUCAUUGGUGGUUCAUUUGCACAUAUGUGCGCCGUUGAGGAUACUCUCCUGGGGUGUACCCAGCCAGAUCAGCAAGAUGACUUUGAGUAUUGGAUUCGCCGCUGCCUGGACGAGUUCACUGCAUCCGCUUGCAGGGGAGAGGCGAUUCCAUUGACUGUGGAGAUGGUGCGUUUCCGCUUCAGCGAGCACCAUCAUCGUUUCCGCCUCGUCAUCGAGAGCAGGGUGACGCUGGUCCCGGCCCCGACGGCUGGCGAGCCAUGGCCCACGGGCCUCGGCCAGCCCCAGCGCGUGGCAAAGCUCGUCUUCGAGAGGCCCGAGUGGAUCCAGGGGGAAGGUUGGAGCCGGCUCCGGCGCGCCCGCGCGCCCGUGCCCGCCGUCGCCCAGGGACCUGUGGGCGACACGUUCACGCCCCGGUUCGGCGGCGACGGCACGAGGGGCUUGGGCAGCGGUGGGCCAGAUUACCUCAUUGCGCUCUGA